AGACAACGGUGUUGCGGUGUCAAGGGUGGCUAUGCCGCCUUAUUGACUGCAAGAACAACGGACAUCACAGAUCAGACUGUAGUAGUUCUCGACCUUUCAAGAAGACCGAUGGCUGAACGAAAAGGAUAGACGAAAUGGAAGUUAGAUGGAACAGCCUUAUUUUGAACUUUUUAGAGUAACGUACGUCACAUCUAACUGUCAAAACGUUUACGGAUAGCAUCAUCGUAGUUGGGGAAAAAUAUUCGAUAAGAGCCAAAGCUUCUAUCUACCGGGUUGGAAUCGUUGUUUUUUCUGCUACAACAACCACCGGUAACACAAGACAAUUAGCGAUGUCUUAUGAGGGAUCGCUGUUGAUCCGAAAAAAGACCUGCUUCAGCGUCAACAUAACAAUACAGAACAUUCCCGUACAAAUGCACAGCGGUGUACCCCCGACUGGUAGUAACAGUAACAAGACUAACUGAAUUACGGGAUUGGUUGGUAGUGGAGUAGCGGCUGACGCCAGCCACCCCAGAACGACGGGUAUUGCUACGACUGAUGCGAUGCCGACGAGCUAAAGGGGAAGAGGGUGGUCCCGUGGCCGCUAUAAAGGCUCGACCUCUCCAACACAAAGUCGGCAGUCAGGUCGGCUCUAGCAGCGAUACCGAGCUAUUUCGGCAUCAACGAGCGUUUUAUCAUUGAUCACCAUCGAACCUUGGUUGCGUUUUACAAAGAAGUCCUACAAUAUAGAGACGACUCGCUGUUGUAUCGUGAAGCUCACGACAACACGAACAGAUAACCUAUACAAAAUGUGCAUCCGAAUCAGCGCUGGUCUGUUUGUCCUGUUUGCCACUUUGGUUGGCUUCUCUGAUGCUCUACCAGCACCACCCGCGGCUGCUGGCUACGCUCCGGCUCAUGCCGACCACAAAGUUCCUGCGUUUGCCGCAAACGUUUUCGGACCUCCACAAAGUCUUCAUCUGCAUAUCAUCCCGCCGAAGCAGGUAGCAGCAGCAUAUGCACCAGCCCCAGCGGCAUAUGCUGCUCCAGCAUCAGCCGCCUACGCUGCUCCAGCUUCAGCCGCCUACAGUGCUCCAGCUUCAGCUGCCUACGCUGCUCCAGCUUCAGCUGCCUACACUGCUCAAGCCUCAGCCGCUUAUGCUGCUCCAGCCUCAGCCGCCUACGCUGCUCCAGCCACAGCCGCCUACGCCGCCCCAGCUCCGGCUGCCAUCCCCGCGGCAUAUGCCGCUCCACCCGCUCCGGCGCGUUCAGCGUACGCUAGCCCCCCUUACACUGCCCAGUUCACGGCAUACAACUCACUUGCAAAAGAUCACUAGUUAGUUCAAUAUGCCGGUCAGGCAUCAGCAAUGACAGCUGAACAAGGCGCUGAAACAAAACGUUCGCCUUCUAUUCAUUCAAUCUUUAAAGAUUUGGUAACAGAAUAACUCUCACUUGAACAAUUCGCAGCUUGUAUAGAAAAGGACUUUUCUUAAAUCCUACGCAUGGUCAACUUUCUAACCGAAGCGCUUGCCAUACCUUAUAUGCACGUGGAAGCUCUGUGGGCUUUCGAUAAACUGAAAUCUUCGAUGAUACGCAUUGCUGGAUUUAGAAAUUUCUAGCUUAUGGUAACUUCUGCGAUCGGCCGUUGCCAACAGAUGCCUAAUUGGCGCUAUCAGCUAUGGAAAUAGACGUCACCUUAUGUAUUUGUUUUAAAAACACCUCAACGUUGAGGUAAGUUAAUCCAAAUAAGAAUACUAUUGUAAAUGCACCUACAAACGCUUUUCUAACAAAUGCCUCGCAAAACAGUGAGGAAAGCUCAACAGAUUGUUCCCCCUCCCGUGGGAGCUCUGUAUAUACUCAUGUAAUAUAAAAUAGACAAAAUUCAUUUAA